GAGACGCACGUCCCGUGUCCAUCUCUGUUGCCUCUUUAUAUCCCCGGCGGCCAUCUUGAGCAGGAAUGGACACGUAAGGACCGUUGAGCAUGAGCGAGUUCUGGUUCUGCUUCAGCUGCUGCAUAGCAGAGCAGCCACAGCCGAAGCGUCGGCGGCAUAUCGAUCGGAGCAUGAUUGGCGAGCCGACGAACUUCGUCCACACGGCUCACGUGGGAUCCGGAGACGUGUGCAACGGUGUCAACUCUGUGAACUCCAUUCAGAGCCAAAUGCAGUCGAAGGGCGGCUAUGGGGAGGGAGAUGUACCAGUCAAUGCCCAGGUGUAAAUACCGACCUGGGGGAUCUGUGCAUAGUGUGUGUGUGGUGACUGGCUGUGCUGCUUCAGGGAGAAAUUCACUCGUGUUUACCCAGCAGAUUGUGAGUCAUGAAACUGGUUUCAGAUCCAGCCCAACAGAGUCCAACCACAAUUCGUGACAAGCCUUUAUCACAAAUUUAAUCAGAGCAGAACAGGAGAAUGUAAUCCUUUCUCAAAACUCUUAGAACAAAGGGCAUUCCUGUAAGGCUGUAUUUGGGCUUUUAUCCAUCUUUGUAAUCCAACUAGUGUGAGUUGUGGUGAUGGGGUCAAGCUUCUGUUGACUUACAGCAACUGCAUGUUACGGUGAAAAAAUGGAAAUGUCACUGUGAGGGCCAAACAUUGAGCACAUAAAAUCAAUAUUUCAAUAUUUACAAUAUUUCAAUGCAUCGUGUUCUAUUUAAUAUUCAACAUUCAAUUCCAUGUCUGAAAAUGAUUUUUGAAAAAGGGAUCAAAAGCUCACAACAGUGGUUCCCAAACUUUCUGGACCCAGGCCCUUGAACUUAUUUUUAAAUAUGAAAAUUAAAUGUUUUUAAACAUUUAUUUAUUUUUUUAAAUGUAAUUGGCACAGUGUUCAGUUUGCCUGGGUGGUAGUUUUUCCCUCUUUAUAUUUAUCUCACAAGCCACUUCAGUGGCUUACACAAGUCACCAUUUGGUAACCACUGGACCGAAGCUCUCUGUAAUGGUAAUAUAUCAUCGUGUUUGUGUAAAGGUUGAAGUGAUGUCAGUCAUUUAUGAUGCUUCUGAAUGUCCAGUGAUGCAGCCAGAAAUGUGUAGCCAGCACAGGGGAACUAAAUCGUACGGUUGAGGGGUACUGACUGAUAGUGAUUGGUUGGGUCAUUGACUCAUGUUAGCUUGCUUUUUUAGCAGUUUUCCAAUGAUGAUUGUGAAUCGUCUCUGUGAAUGUCAGCAGGUUUGUCUCACAAUUUCCUCAAAAAAUGAAAAAAAAUAAAAUUUGAAAAGAACAAUGUUACAUCCAGGCCUGCUCUACAGCCUGAGGACAAAGACAGAGUUGGUGCGUGUUGCCAGCUUGAUGCCAGUAGAGUACUAGCGUCUGCUUUGUCCCACCUCUUUGAGUUCUGUUAUAACUUUUCUAAUGCUGGAUCCUGCUGGCGGGAUCGUCACAUUCAGAGCCCCCCAUGACCCCCCCCCCCCCCCCCAUGCUAAUACAGUGCCAGAUUUAGCUUUUUCAUGCUCUUACCAUAAACAUUGGGGCCCAUUUACGAAACAUGUGUACAAUCACACAAGAGAUGCAUUAAAAUACAAAAACUGCACGUGUAAUGAAUCCUAUAUUGGUUUUUCAUAGGAACAUUUUUAAGAACAAAAGUAAGAAUAAUUUAAGAGAAGUUUUGUGAAUGAGGCCCAUUGGUUCUCGCACGUCUCUGAGCGUCAGCGUUCUUCUGAUUACUUCAGAACAGGCACAAAUAUAGCACAAUAAACGCAACUGUGCACUUGCACAUUAUUCUUUUGGGUCUAUGAACUCUGCGGGAGGGCACAGGCAAGGACUGAAGGAACAGAAACUUGGCGCCGUUGAAUUGGACCUUUUACCCCUGAGCAAGAUGCUCAACCUCCAUUAAACAUCCGGCUGUGUAUACUUUGUGCCAAUAGUGAAAAAAGGAGAAUGAUAAAGAUUUAUUUCUUCCUUUAUCCUAACUUGCUACUACACCUUUAUUGAGAGCUGUCCACCCUCUGUGGGACUAGAAUAAAGAUCCACCUGUGGCCAGGGAACCCAGCUCAUACUGAUAAAUGGAGAGUUUGGCACUUGAUUGCUGUGAGGUUACCUGCCUGCCAAAUAACUGCAGUGGCCUGUGAAUCCACAAAUAAUUUGAUUCCAUGUCCCCCACAGUCCAAUGGGAUAAUAGCUCAGUUCUCUGCAGCAAUUGACAGUGUGAAUUGUAAUGCUAUAUUUUUGUGCGAUUCACUGUGAGAAAAUGUAUUUUCUUAUUGUUGCUCAUUCAAGGUCUGGCACCAGCAGAUACAUUUUGAUUACUUUUUUUUUUUUCUUGGCCUCUUUGUCCAAUUUCUUCUUUGGUAAUCAUUGUGAAGUUUGGUCCUGGCUUUGCUAAAAGAGACUGUAUGGUGGCCUAGCAGUGCCAAAGUGUCUUUCGCUAUGGAAUUAUGUUUGAGGUAAAUUCCACUUGUGUAAUUUUUUUCAGUUAUAUUUUUUUCAUAAUAGUCAUUGGGGUUCCCAUUUUCCUUUAGGACAAUAACGGGCAUUUCAUUUUCAUAAUGGGUGGAGGGGGUUGAGAUAAUUCCAAGGGCUCUCACUGAAAGGGGGCCCUCAAAAAAUUGCUACAAGAGGAAAAUAUAGUGGUGUAAUCAUGUAGGGAUGGGGUGGCCUGGUAUGGUGGGGCCCAAUGUGAGAUCUUUUUUUGGGGGACCCAAAUUCCCUGCCGGCACCCCAGUCUUGGAGCCAUAAUGUGUCUGGCAGUUCCAUCAGCUUAAUGAACUAAUGUCAGUGAAGUUGUCAUCAACAAACGGGCUUGUUCAGCUUAAGGGCAUGUUGCUCAGGUAAAAAGGUAUAUUUUCAGGUAAGUAUUAUAUAGAGCAGUGUCUAACAUGAAAGCACAUGUGUACGUUUAUGCGGGAAAUGUAAAUUACAUAAAUUUGCCUGUCCAGUUCACCUGGGUGAAUAUUUUAAUGGAAUAUCAUUGAACCAUUUGUACAGAAAAUGUAUUUGGUAUUUGUGGUACCAUGUAUGUGCUAUCUGAAAAUAGUGUCCGUAAACAUGUUUCAUAUCGGGGUCAACUGAUUAAAGUUAUGUCAAACCAUUG